UGCAAAGAUCCGUCGCAAUAUGAACAACUUCUCAGGAUCCACAAAUUGCAAAAACUUCUCAUUGCGAAACACAAUGAACUCACAAGAAAGGAAGAGGUCAUCAUCAGCAGAGACAUGGAGAUUAAAAAGCUGAAGCUGUUCCACUUGCGUCGGGCGGGAGACAACUCGCAAGAACAGCUUCGUGAGGCCACUCAGUUGCUGACCCAGAAGAACAAACAAAUCAAGGGUUUGUUGAGCGAGGUCAACAUUCUACGGUUCGACAUCAGUGAAUGCAGACACGAUUUUAAUGAGGUCCUUAGAGAACUAAAAAUCGCCAAGGAAGAAAUAGCGAAACAAAAACGCCACACUGUCAAAGACACUUGCCAGCACGCAACUAAGACCACCGACCUGAGCGUUAAGCCAGUCAAUCAGAAAGAUGGUUUUUCCGUCGAAUGUUGUAGAACACAUUUCAAGCUGCAGCCAUUACAUAAUACCUUGCAACGCCAACGUCAGAACAGGGCAAGAAGACACGCCCAACAUACGAGAAGAAUUCCAGCUCAGGCAAACGAACUCACCUCUAGAAGUUGUGAUUUACCGAGCCUGUGA